GCUCCUAUUCUGUCUUUGGUUAAAUCUUCACCUGCACGUGUCCAUAUACUCCUGUAAGCACAUUCAGUAAGAACAUUCUGUUAGCACAUCGCAGCGUAGAAUAACAAAGCACAGCUUGGAUUGUUUCCUAAAAAAAGAUAAGUGCCAUCUCGCUAGAGAAGUGUCUCCCCAAAACGUGGCCCCCCCGUUUGUUCCGCUACCCCCAUUCAAGAUGCACUGUCUGCUUUUCUUCGUUUUGUUUUUUUUCCUAAAUUUGCUGCUGCCUGUCAUUUACUGUGAGAAGGGGGAGAUUCUACCAUUCGGUGAGAUCCUCUCCGGAGUUGCAGACAUAGCCAAUGUAAUUACGGCCAAAAAGGAAAACGCCUCUGUUGAUCCCGUCGCUGCAUCUGCCAGCAGGAUCAACUUGAAAAUAGUUCCAUCCAAAAAGCUGAGCAUCACGAAAAAUGAUUUGAUGUUCCUCAUGUCGGAGAUAAGGCAGGAAAUUAGGAGACAGAUGAGCAUCCUGGAAGACGAGCUCGAGGAAAAGGAAAGAAUGAGGAAAAGAUCCUCGUCCCUGUGGACAACUAGCCAUUCGGCUGUUUACGCCCCUGAAGAGAGUGUGGAUAAUACUCAGGAGAUGGGCAGCCUGGAGGAGGAGGAACGAGAAGAAAUCGAAAACUUGCUGGACUCCCUGAACACGCUGGACAAAGAGGACCAAACAACGGCGCAGCCAAGCACAUCAUACAACGUACAAAUUGGCGGUGAGGAAGAUGAGCAGGAUGCUCAGAAUGGUACAGCCAAGGGUACGCGGUUCAGUCAGAAGGCUCUGCGAAAUGGUACUACCGUUUGGCGUAGAUUUUGUAGGGCAGAUUUGCGCGCGUCUGCCCGGUGCAUUGGCUGUCUUUCCCCCCUCCUAUAUGGUCACCCUCGUACCUUUUCCUUCUUCCCCUUCAACCUGCCUCCCUUGGAAACAACUAGGCCCCUUAACAAGACGAUGAGUGAGCAGCUGGUGUGCAUCCAGAACGGAUACCCAUAG